AUCUGCGCCCUGAUAAAAAAUGUAUAGAAUUAAUAGAAAAAUAAAUGUAUAGAAUUAAUCAAAAGAUUUAUAGGAGACGACCUAAAGUCAGGAGACAACCAAAUCAUUCAAAUUCUUUAUACUAUCUACACAUUUUUAUUCCAAGGGAAACAUUCUGGAAAAUCAAAGCAAAUGGCAAAUAUCAAAUGAAAUGAGAGUCGAAGACACAUGGGUUACACCCACUGCGCUGCAGUGCACGACCGCCGAACACAAUUAUUCGAGGAUAAAUGACGAACGGCAUGCAUCGUAUGAACGAGUGUGUCAUGCCAUGAUCGCGUCGAAUUCGUUAAAACAAGCCACUUACCCCCGAGAGGGGAAAAUUUGCAAUUUAUCCUUGCCCGACAUUUUCGCACGACCACUGUAUGGAGCAGACAGGAAUGGGAUUGAUCAGCUGACUCGGGCGACAGGAAGUUUCGGCUAUCAUGUGCCUAGUGGCGCACUAUUCCAAUGGCGCGCAACUGACACGUGUAUUCGUUUGCAGAACUGUUUGAAAGUCUUUCUUUAAAUAUUUUUCUCCUCUUUAUAUAUCUAGUAUAUUUCUUUUUAAUAUAUAUUCUGUGAACUCUCUUUCUUUCUUUUAUCCAAUAAGUGUUUCAAAAUAGUCGAUUUUUCAAUAAUGAUUUAAACUUAAAUUCAAGUUCAAAUGUUAUUUAAACAUAUCAAACUCAUUGUAAAAAUAAAGUGUGUGAACGUAAAUCUAAGUUUAAAUUAUUGCUGAAAAAUUGGCCCUAAGUGUGUUUAUAAGCUGAUAAUAAUAUGCUUAUUAUAAAUCGCUUCUAAUUUAAAAAGGCACUUUUAUCGAUAAAAGAUAUUUUGGAAUAAGUAUCAAAGUAUGCAAGGUAAU